UUCGACUUCAACUCUUACAAUUCCUAACAGCCAGUAGGCUAUUAGAAAUUGUAGGAGUUGAAGUCCAAAACACCCGGAGGGCCGAAGUUUGCUCAUGCCUGCUUUGGAAGGCCCAGAUUCCUUUUCUUUCCUCAGUUCCGCAGGCCUUCCCUGAGAGGGCUGCUUCAUGGCACACAGGCGACUUGUUAGUUUUGGAUCUAAAGUUUGCUGAAACAUGUUGAACUUCUGUUACUUCUUUUGAAGUAGAUGCCUAUCUGGCCUUAUAUGACCAAGUAGAAAUAAAUUGGCAGAGGAAACGGUACAUAGAAAGCCAUGUAACUCCUCUCAGUUAAUUUAAUGAGUUUGGCAGUUCUUAACAACUAGUAUGGUCCACUGAGGCUGGGAUGGGAAGGAGGCUGGCUUACCUUUUGUGGAUUUUCUGGGCCUUCAGCGCAAGCUUUGAGUCACUUUAUUGCAUCUCCUCAGUUGGUACCAUGUAACUGGCAACGGAUUAGUCCAGUAGUUCUCAACCUGUGGGUCCCGAGAUCUUUUGGCCUUCAGUUCACAGACACCCUAACAGCUGGUAAACUGGCUGGGAUUUCUGGGAGUUGUAGGCCAAAGCACCUGGGGUACCACAGGUUGAGAACCACUGGAUUAGUCCUUGAGAUCUUAGAGCAGGCAUGGGCAAACUUGGGCCCUCCGGGUGUUUUGGACUGCAACUCCCACAAUUCCUAACAGCCUACUGGCUGUUGUGAAUUGUGAGAGUCGAAGUCCAAAACACCUGGAGGGCCCAAGUUUGUCCAUGCCUGCCUUAGAAUCCAUGGCCUCUGUGGUGUGAGGAGGCGGCCCUCAGACCUCUGAAAUGGCCUAAACAGGGCUGUAGUUCUCAGUGUCCCAGGCCUGGAUAGGUUUUUUUUCCCCUCAGUGUCAGGAGUGACUUGAGAAACUGCAAGUCGCUUCUGGUGUGAGAGAAUUAGCCGUCUGCAAGGACAUUGUAGAUAAAUUUCUAUAGAUAAAUUUCUAUAGAUAAAGCUAUUGGCUCUUUCUCUUCCCUGGAUUUAAUAUUAACUGAGACAUUUGUGCAACAGUUGGAAAGAAGAGUUAGCAUUUUGCAAGAGAACCUUCUGAAAGCAAGCAAAAUUCCAAAGAGAGAAAAUGCAGAUUUCUAUUUUCACCAUUGAUACAUUUACAGAUCAGCCAUUUUGUGGCAACCCUGCAGCUGUUUGUCUUCUUGAAGAUGAACUGGAAGAAAACUGGCACCAAAAAAUUGCAAAUGAAAUGAACCUUUCCAUAACUGCCUUCCUCAGAAAAUUGAAUCCCACAGAUGAUUUUACCAAAAGCUCCAGUUUUGGACUGAGGUGGUUUACCCCAACUGAAGAGGUCCCUCUCUGUGGUCAUGCCACCCUUGCAUCGGCUGCUAUCCUAUUCCAUAACAAGAAAAAUGUGAAUUGCAGUCUCACAUUCCUAACGCGAAGUGGAGAAUUGAUUGCCAGAGAAGCAGAAGAUCAUAUAAUUUUGGACUUGCCCCUUUAUUCUACCCAUCCACAGGAUAUCAAGGAAGUGGAAGAGUUAGUGAAGGCAGCUGUAGGUGCUAAGAGUGUUCAGGAUGUUCACUAUUCUCCUGACACAAAAAACCUUCUUGUUCGUCUCAGUGAUGCUUAUGAGAGGUCUGAUCUGGAGAAACUGAAAGUGAAUGCUGAAAAUCUUCUGUCGGCUGAGAAGACUGGGAGAAUAAAAGGAGUAAUUGUCACACUGAAGGGAGAUGGCCGUGGGAAACAGGAAAGCUAUGACUUUUACUCCCGCUACUUUGCACCUUGGUACGGUGUUUCAGAAGAUCCGGUUACAGGAUUUGCCCAUACUGUUUUGAGUAGUUACUGGUCACAGCAACUGGGGAAAAAGGAAAUGUGUGCAUUUCAGUGUUCUGCUCGUGGAGGAAGACUGAAGAUUUCGCUCCGGCAGGAUGGAAGAGUAGACCUUGGUGGCCAAUCAAGCAUUGUGUUAAAAGGUGUUCUGACCAUUUGAAGAAAACAAGAAACACUUUCCAGCCAUCAGCUAGUUCAGAUUGCUGCUGAUGUGGAUGCAUAUCAUAAUUGGCAAAUCAUGACUACUUAAUUUCAAAAGUAUCAUAUUCAUAGUUUAGAAGCAUUGAUUGAGAUAGUUAACUAUCAGUAUAUAAUCAGUAUUAUAGUAAAUACUGCUGUGACUAUAAGUACAGUUAAAGUACAAAGAUGAUUUUAUGAAUUAAUGUGAAAAUACAGGAAAUGCUGUUGGAGCCUUAUGCCUAAAUGGACUUAAUGUCUACAGGAAUUCGAAUCAUGCGUUAUGUGUAAUGUCCAUAUCCAGUAGAGGGCUGCUCUUGGGUCACUCUAUUUCAGAGCCAGAGAAGUGCCUAGUGCUCUUGGGUGCAUGCUGCGCAUCAGUGUGCAGUGCACUUUAGUGCCAAUGUGCCUUGUGCCACGAUGUCCCUGGCACCCUUGACAAUGUUCUGUUUUGCCUCUUCUCAGGUCAGUAUAGGGGUUUUUAGCACACACCCCUACAUAGCUAGUUAAUAAGUCAUAUCGCAUUCCAUCAGAUCUUUCCAAAUAAUAAUCAAUGAAUAUAAAGGAGACUAUUUUUAAAAAUGAUGAGGAGGAAUUUUCUACACUAAUAAUGAAUUUUAAUAUAUAAAUAAAAUACAUUGAGUAAUGUAUCUGCUUUUCCAUUAAAAAUUUCUCUUAAGCCUUA